AUGAAAUUCCUCGCCCUUGGCGCGUUGCUUGUCGGCGCAGUCACCGCUGCUUCAACGGGUCGGAUACCUCAAGGUGCCCAAAUCAUCCCUGUCCAUGACAAGUCCUCACUGCGACACGUUGGAGCCCAUGGACAAAAGUACCCAGACCGUCGGACUGUCACAAUUCGGCCAUCGAAGAAUGACAAAGAUGACAUAUCCGAGGAUUUCCUCUGGGGUAUCAAGCACGCCAAUCAUGGCGGCCGUCUGCUGCUGAAGAAGGGCAAGACAUAUGUAAUUGGCAAGAAGCUCGAUUUGAGCUUCCUGGAUAACGUCGAGGUCCAAUUGGAGGGUGAGAUUAAGUUCACCGACGACAUCGACUACUGGCAAGCAAACAACUUCUACUACUCGUUCCAAAAGUCCAUCACCUUUUGGGUCUGGGGUGGAAAGGACAUCAAGAUCUUUGGUCAUGGUACCCUGAAUGGUAACGGUCAGGCAUGGUACAAUGCGUUUGCCGGACGAGAGAUUCUGGACUCAAACAAUACCUUCUAUCGACCAAUUCUGUUCUUGACCGACAAUGCAACUCGCGUCAGCGUGGAGGGCAUCACGCAGCUGAACUCGCCGUGCUGGACCAACUUCUUCGUGCGCACCAAUGAUGUCUCCUUCGACAACGUGUUCAUCAAUGCGUUCUCAACCAAUGCCUCCGCUCUGCCGAAGAACACUGACGGCUUUGACACGCUCAACGUGAAUGGACUCAGCGUCACUAACACCCGUGUUGAUAUUGGAGACGAUUGCUUCUCGCCCAAGCCCAACACAUCCAACAUCUUUGUGCAGAAUCUGUGGUGCAACAACACCCACGGUGUUAGCAUGGGCAGCAUCGGACAGUACUCGGGUGUGGAGGAUAUUAUCGAGCAUGCGUACAUCGAAAAUGUAACCCUUCUUAACGGCCAGAAUGGUGCUCGCCUCAAGGCUUGGGCCGGCCAGGACGUCGGCUACGGACGCAUCAACAACAUCACCUACCGCAACAUCCACAUCGAGAACACUGACAUGCCCGUGGUCCUGGACCAGUGCUACUUUGACAUCAAUGCGACCGAGUGUGCAGCAUACCCGUCUGCGGUCAACAUCACCAACAUUGUCUUUGACAACAUCUAUGGCACGUCUUCGGGCAAGAAUGGCAAGGAGGUUGUUGAUUUGACCUGCUCCCCCAACGCGGUGUGCUCGGGAAUCCACCUAUCGCGCAUCAAUUUGACCAGCCCUGCGGGUAGCCCACCGGUGGUUAUCUGCGAUGGAAUUCAGGGGGAUAUUGGUGUGAACUGCACUAGCUCGGCGUAG